CAGUCGCCAACUAUAAAACCCGGCCGGAGUCGAGCGGCCCCGCACAACUUCGCUCGGUCACUCGGUCGGGUCCCUCCUCCAGAACAGCGAGGCGCCGAAGCAGCAACCGCCGCUCCCGAGUCCGCCGCCGCCGCCGCCGCGCCACUCCAACUGAUGGCGGGUAAGGGUAUUCUUCAUUUUGAUGGUGCUUCAAAAGGGAACCCAGGAAAAGCAGGUGCUGGAGCUGUGCUUAUGACUGAAGAUGGUAGAGUGGUAUCUCGGAUUCAUGAGGGCCUUGGUGUCGCUACUAAUAAUGUUGCUGAGUAUCGGGGCCUGACCUUAGGACUGAAACAAGCGAUUGAUCAUGGAUUCACGAGUAUUAAAGUACAUGGCGACUCUCAACUUGUCUGCAAUCAGGUGAAUGAUGUCUGGCAAACGAAGCACCCGAACAUGAAGGAGCUGUGCAAUGAAGUGAAACAGCUAAAAGAGAACUUUGAUUCCUUUGAGAUCACCCAUGUUCGUCGGGAGUGGAAUGCUGAGGCGGAUCGCCAGGCGAACAUUGGUAUCACGCGUGAAAGUGGCGCCGUGUAUGAGGAGCGUGGUGACAUCUGAUACAUCAGUUACCAGCCUUCCACCUUUGUUGAGCUGCUAGCCUACUCUACAGCAGGAGCUGAGGUGGUGGCUUGCCGUCUAGUAGGCACUAUAUAUUCCAAUAAAUUUAGCACUAGUUGGACCUAUUUCAUCAUCAAGCUUCCACGGAUGUCUGAUUUCUGUAUCCAGAUGAAGGUGAUCCAUGUUUAGAGAUGGUUUAGACCUUAAAUAUUGAGGGAUGCUUACUGGUGUGAGCUUCGGUCCGUAACACUAUGGGGCAUCAGUUUAAUGUGAAACUCUGAUUUGGAAGCUUGCCCUGAAUUUAAGGUUGCUUUGAUAAGUUGACCUGGGGCCUUUAGAGAUGGCUAUUUAGAUUUUGGAUUUGAUG